UUGAAAGUAUUACUUAAAUUUUGAGUCCAUACACUUUCGCUUUAGAAAAUAAUUAAUGAAUUAUUAAUCACCCUUAUGAAAAUAUUUUAAUAAAAUUUCUAAUACGAAUGUUAUUUGGGAAACGACAAAGUGAGAUAAUUAAUAAAAAAAAAUAGAUUAGAAAUUUUACGUGAAAUAUGAAAAUAUUAUUUUAUUAUAAUUAUCAUAUUGAUAUGAAAUUUGUGUUCACUUUAAUAAUAAUUAGUAUUAAAAAUAUUUUUGCGAAUCCACAAUUAAAUUUACCACCAUUACCAACAGUUGAACCAACAAUUCGGCCGAAUGUUUUUCCAAAUAGUUAUACACCAGAUCAACUUAAUAAUAAUUUAAAUAGAAAUCGUUAUUUAAAUAAUCCAGAUGAUGAUCGUAGUAUGAGAUUUGGACCACCAUAUGGUUCAAUUAGUGAAUUAGAAGCUGAUGAUAGACCAAAUGAUUAUAUGGCUGGUAUAAAUCCAGAUGAUCGAUUUCGAUAUAAUUAUAAUAGUGGACGACAAUAUCAAAGCCCAUUUAGUAAUGGUUCCGUAGUAACAACUGAAAAUUAUCCAAAUUAUCCACCACCAUCAACUUAUAAUCCAAAUACGUAUAACAGACAAAUUAAUCAAUAUGAUAAUAGAAAUCCUUAUAGCAAUCGUAAUAAUGAUGUCAUCUCAUACAAUCAAAGUCAAUUCAAUAAUCCAGAUAUUUAUAAUCGGGAUCGUGAUCGUUUUACAACAACACAACGACCACCAUAUUCUGAUCCGCAAUUAAAUAAUGAUCCUAGAUUUAAUAAUGAUCCUAGAUUUAAUAACGACGCCAGAUUUAAUAAUGAUCCGAGAUUUAAUAAUGAUCCAAGAUUUAAUAAUGAUCCUCGUUAUAUUAAUGAUGAAAGAUAUCGUCUUGAACAAGAUCGUAGAUAUGCUCGUGAAAUGGAAAAAUUACGUAAUUUUUUAAUUGAGAACGAUCAUAGAGGAUCAUUAGAAUGUACUGCAAAUGUUGUUGCCCAAUGGAAUUAUGAGACUGGUGUUAAUGAAAUUACUCAAACGGAAGCAUUAUUGGGUCAACAAAAAUAUUCUGAUUAUAUGAGAAAUAUAUUUGAACUAUCCCGAAAUAUUGAUCCAGCAUUAAUAUUUGAUCAGAACCUGGCACGUCAAUAUCGUCUUCUUACACAAGUUGGUCCAAAUGCUUUACCACCAGAUCAGUUGGAUAGGUAUAAUCGCCUUAUCAAUGAUAUGCUUGUUCUUUAUCACGCUUCUUCGAUUUGUGCAUAUCAGCAACCAUUCCAAUGUGGUUUAAAACUUAAUCCGGAUUUAAAAUUUAUAAUGGCAAGAAGUCGUGAUUGGGAUGAACUUCAGCAUACUUGGAGAGAGUUUCAUCGUAAAGCUGGUAGAGAUAUGCGUGAUAGUUUUGAGCAACUUAUAGAAUUAAUGAAUGAAAUUGCUUUUGUAAAUAACCAAACAAAUGGUGGAGAAUAUUGGUUUUCGGCUUAUGAGUCUGGUGAUUUUCGUCAAGAAGUUGAACGUGUUUGGGAACAAAUACAACCGUUAUAUGAGUUGUUGCAUGCAUACGUGCGUAGAAAAUUAAGAGAAUUUUAUGGUCCAGAUAAAAUCAAUAGAAAUGCACCAUUACCAGGACACAUUUUCGGCAAUAUGUAUGCGCAAAGUUGGACAAAUAUUUUAGAUAUAAUAAUACCAUAUCCUGGUCGUUCGUUUAUUGAUGUAACUCCAAAAAUGAUUGAACAAGGAUAUACACCUUUAAUAAUGUUUCAAUUGGCUGAAGAGUUCUUUGUUUCAAUGAAUAUGUCCGCAAUGCCUAAAGAAUUUUGGAUAAAUUCUGUUAUACAAUUGCUUCCAGAUCGCGAAGUCUUGUGUCAGCCUUCCGCAUGGGAUUUUUGUAAUAGACACGAUUAUCGUAUUAAAAUGUGCACGAAAAUCAAACAAAAGGAUUUUAUAAAUGUUCAUCACGAAAUGGCCCAUAUACAAUAUUUUUUAAAUUAUAGACAUCUACCAAAAGUUUAUAGAGAUGGAGCAAAUCCAGGGUUUCAUGAAGCUAUAGGCGAUGCAAUUGGUUUAUCAGUAUCAACCUUGAAACAUUUGCAAACUUUAGGUUUGAUACAAAAGUCGGUUGAAGAUUUUCCUUAUGACAUAAAUUAUUUAUUUACAAUGGCAAUUGAUAAGUUGGCAUUUUUACCCUUUGCGUUGUCUUUAGAGGCUUGGCGUUAUGACGUAUUUAGCCGUCGAAUCAAUAGAGAGUUUAUGAAUUGUCAUUUUUGGAACUUAAGAGAGCAGUAUGGUGGAAUAAAGCCUCCUGUUUUGAGAUCAGAACUAGAUUUUGAUCCAGGUGCAAAAUAUCAUGUUCCAGCAAAUGUACCUUAUAUGAAGUGA